AUGGCGAUUCACUAUCUGAUCCUGUUGUCGAGGCAGGGCAAAGUGCGCCUUGCCAAGUGGUUUACCACUCUGUCGCCCAAGGAGAAAGCCAAGAUUGUCAAGGAUGUCUCGCAACUCGUCCUCUCGCGACGCACACGCAUGUGCAACUUUCUCGAAUACAAAGAUCAGAAGAUCGUCUACCGUCGCUACGCCUCCCUCUUCUUCAUUGCGGGCUGUUCUGCUACCGACAACGAGCUGAUCACCCUAGAGAUCGUGCACCGCUACGUCGAGCAGAUGGACAAAUACUACGGCAACGUGUGCGAGUUGGACAUCAUCUUCAACUUCCAGAAAGCCUACUUCAUCCUGGACGAACUGCUGCUCGCGGGGGAGAUGCAGGAGAGCAGCAAGAAGAAUGUGUUGAGGUGCAUCAGCCAGCAGGACAGCCUGGAAGACAUCGAGGAUUCGGAUCAGUUCCUCACCAACUUGAAAGCUAGCGGACUGGAGCGCAACCUCACCUCCACCCGGCGUCGUGUCACUGUGGCUGAUGCCGCAUCACCUCAUCGCCUGCUGUCACUUCCAUCCGUCUCUCCUUCCCUCUCCAUCUCCCAUUCACCCCCUUUCUCCCUCCUUCACUCGGAUUCUGUGACAUGGCCCCGUGCAUCGCGAUUGCUUCCUGCUAGACGUCCGUCGUCUGGCCCCGUCGAUCGCAUAAGCUUGUCCUUGCAGCCAGCCGGGAACACCUUAUCGCCGGUCGUCGCGCUCAACGCAGGUUAUCGGAUCGCACCUGACAAACGACGAUUACCGCAUCAUCCAGGUGCACAGUUGCUAGCGGGGCCUCCGAGUAUCCGUGACGAGUACCUUCCUCUUCCAGAAAUCGAAGAGGUGUCGAGCGCCCUCAACUUCGACACUGCCGACUGUCAUGUCGUGGGAGGAUGUGACCUUUAUAUCACCAAGGCCGCGUCGGACGAUCGGAAGCUCUACAACCGCAUUGAGCAGUCGUUGGAAUCGCAGUACGAGUCGCUCCUCCGUCUGUCGGCAUCGCUCUCCCCUCCGAACGCGUCGGAUGCCGCGAUUUCGCUCAACCUGUCGCGAUCCAGCCCUUUCGGCCCUCUCAGCGAGCAUUCGAGUCGCCGGACGUUUGCCUACCUGAUCGCGACACUGAACGCGAGCCAUCCGGACUACGACUUUAGCCAUGUGCUGCGACCUACGGAUUUCCGCCGCGAGCGGAACUUGAAGAAAGUGAUGAAUACCAUCGACAUGACGCUUUACAAUCUUCGCCCACAUCUGCGCAGCGACGGCACGCCUCCGUCUCCGCACUCGUACGCUGGGUCCUACAGCCCUGGUUGUUCUACCGUAUGGGGACCUCGGAUGUGGAGGCUUAUUGACGAGCAGAUGUCUCUGAACGACUGCGCCAUCUUCUCAUACUCGCCGGAAGAGGGCGUGCAUGACGAUGAUGACGGGGCGAUCUGGAGUCUGAAUUAUUUCUUCUUCAACAAGACGCGGAAGCGCGUCUGCUAUAUAUAUCUGCGCGGCAUUCCGAUCCUGAGCCACGCGGAUCCGGACGGAUUCGAUGGGCUGGCGACGCCGGUUGGGAAGAGGACUUUCGACGACGACUACCUCAUCCCGGACGUGAGCGCCAAGAAGCGGGCUCGGUAUUGGCUCGGAGAUCGCCCGGGACUCGAGGACGAGGACGAGGGAGUCGCCGGGCCGUCCAAGUCGCGCGCUGCGGUUGAUGAAGACAGCCGGACCCGGAAGGGCACGGUUCGCGCGAUGAGCGAGGAGAUUGCGGAGACGAUGGAGGUAGGGGGGGAGGUGAGGGAGGGAGGUGAGAUAGAUAGAUGGGAUUAUAGAUAG